CACAGUAACUCUGGUUCUCAGAUACCUUACCUGAAUGGCAUACACCUUCAAAGCCAGAUGCCUUAUGGUCUCCACUUACAGUCUAAUGGUGGCGCUGCAGCAGUGUCAGCAAGGCCCAUGGGUAACGUUGGGCAGAUGAAUUUAAACGUCGAGUCGCAGAGUGUUAAUAGUGGACGGCCAGAAGAGAUCUCGACCAUCUUUGUGGUUGGAUUUCCUGAUGACAUGCAGGAGCGCGAGUUCCAGAAUAUGUUUACGUUCUCCUCCGGCUUUGAAGCUGCGAUACUCACGAUCCCAAACAAGGAGUACACGGUGUAUGGGUCGGUCAGUGCCAUGACUUCGACAACUCCAUCUGGUCUCCCUCUCCGUGGAGGUACCUAUGCUGGCUAUCAAGGAGGGGUUGUGAUUGAUUAUGGACGAGAUGGUUCAGCGACCUCCUGGCCACCCCACGCCAUGCCGUUAGAUGAGCCUUCGCACUUCAAAGUGGGACGAGGGUUAGGUGGCCAGCUACCUCGAAAGCAGAUAAUAGGUUUUGCCAAGUUUCGUACUCGUCAGGAGGCGCUUGAGGCGAGAGAUCUGCUUCAGGGCCGCCGUGUCGACAACGAGAAAGGUGCAAUUCUGAAGGCCAAAAUGGCAAAGAAGGACUUGCACACCAAGCGAGGCAUUGGUAUGGGUGCCACGACAUCCGGAGGUGGCGGAAGUGUUUAUCUCAUUGGGUGUACAAUACUAACCAAUGCUGGUACCGGCGCAUCCUUGGUUCAACAAUAA